CCGUAACGGUCGAUCUGUUUCAAAAUUUCGGUGGCUUUGUUUCGGUUACAAAAUGUAAUAUUCCUUGUUUUUAUAUUAAAAUUUAACAAAGAUGACGGAAAAAUUGAAGGAUUAUCAAGUUUUAGACGUUUUCUGCGGAGGUACGUUCUAUAAAGUGAGACACAAGGUCACCAACAACAUAUUUGCGUGGAAGGCGUACAAUUGCUCCGCGUACUCGGACGCUCAAAUACAAAACGUCGUCAACGAAGUGAAAACAAUAAGCAAAGUGACUUCCGAGAACCUGCUGCGAUACUAUGAUACUAUACUUCACGGACCGUCCAAGACAUUGUACUUUGUUCUCGAGUACAACUCGUGGCGAAGUGUGCAGGAGCUGUUGGACGUCUGCAAGGCCACGGACAAGUUCUUCGCCGAGGGCUUCCUCUGGCACCUGCUCCUAGAGCUGGCGCGAGUGUGCAAGCUCAUCGAGGACCUACACUUUGUUGUGCUUCAGAAAUGUGUAACACCAGACGCGAUAUUCGUCGACGAAGGAGGUCAGCUGCGCGUGAACUGCUACGACUUGGCGACCAUCACCAGACCGGACUUCAUGCGGCAAAUCGGAGACAUUAUGCACAUACUUUGCUAUAGAGCGAGCGCAACCGACACCAAAAUUAAAGAGUACCACUACAGCGACGAUCUUAGCGAUGUUGUCGGUUUUCUCACAGAUGACAAAAACGUUAAUCUCCGUCCCGAUGUCGUUCUUUAUCAUCCCACUGUGCUGGCCAAUCUCGAAACGCAUCGUAGACCUAAGCACCUGGCGAACAUCCUUGUGGCAGCGGAUUAUUCACAUUGUGCAUCAGAAGCAAACAAAUGUGACUCCCAGAAAGCAGUGGAACUGUGUAAAGUGGUUGAGCCUGCUCCUAGAAGAAUAAUCAAACCGGUGGACAGUCCCAUUUACAUCAAUCUCAGCCCAAAAGUGUCACACAACUUACAAAUCGAGGAAGCUAAAUCUGCCCGAGGAUCUUUGUCUCCAACACUGGCUGCAUUGGCUCUUGAGCUGCCAGGCUUCGUACCUAGAUGCAGAAGACCAUACAGUGAGGCCAUGGAAAGGUCGGCGUGCCCUCAGAAAGUGUCAGAGGAGACUCUGAGCCAGCAAUGGAUGACUCGUCUCAUAGCACUGAGACAAAGGGAGGAGUCACUCAACAAAAGGGAGAGAGAUCUCAUCGCAAAAGAGAUAGUGAACAGUCCUGCUGCAAAAAUAGUGCCCCUGAACCUGAAUGACACCCAAGAUAAGCCGUGCGAGGGCGAGAGUGACGGUAUAACUCUGCCUCCCGUCAUCACGCAGGCCGGCGAGCGGCCCGAGUGGGUGUCGCGGCGGCGGCAGCGGCGCUCGGGCUCCGUGCGCGCGCGCCCGCGCCGCAAGAGCUACGCCUACGAGGACCUCGACAGCUCCCUGUCGGCCGACGCCGGCGACGGCAGCAUCAUCGUCACGUCCACCAGGUUCACUAAAGACAAUAUGCCCCGGCGCAACAUCUUCCCUGAGGUCGGAACCAAGAAAGUGCACUUCACUUCAUCUAAUCCAUUCAUCGAGAGCGACGAGAGCGUCACUCUCACCUUUUAUGAGCUGGAAAACGUGGACAGGGAUGGGUAUCAAUUGCCAAGAAACGAGACGAAACCCACUAAAGACAUCAGCAAGUUCAAGUACUUGGACAUGGAGAAGAUGGCCUCCGAGAAGAGAUCGGCCGUAAACUGGAGUCACUCCUCUCCUUCCAAACAGGCCAGGACCUCGAAGAACAUAUUUUCAGACAUAACAAACACGAGCGAUGCGAACAUCAGGAAGACUCCUUCAAAAUCUAGCCUCAUAUCCAAGAUUUCCAAUGAAUCAAGAUUCUCAUUGUCUUCGGUGAGGAGCCAGUGGAGCGUGGAGUCCAGCGUGAGCCGGGCGAGCGGCGGCAGCGUGGCGGAGCGCACGCGGGCCAGCGCGCGGCCGGGCGAGGUGCAGACGCCGCCCGCGCCGCCGGAGCUGAAGAAGGCCAAAAGGAAGUCCCUGCUACCGUUCAAAACGCCCUUCAAGUUCAAAUCUUCAGCUAAAGUGUGAGAUAUUGUUGUACACAUUGUUUUUGAUUAGUUUAUGAACCCACACCUUGUCCAGGAAGCGAGUUUCAUACGUGAAAUCGAUUGUAUUUCAGAAACAAGUGCAUAGUUUUGUAUUGAAAUAUUUUAUGCCUAUAUUUUUGUGAUCUCUUUCAAAAUUGUUUAGUGUAAAAAUGCAGAAUGGUAGAAAUGUGUGAAACUUGUGUGGUAAACUAAUAUGUAAUAGUAGUGGUGAGCGAAUUAGAUUAUAAUUACUUACUACGUACAUUGGUUGUGGCUUUUCUUAUAUUAGAUAUAAUCUAAAUUUAUAUUUACAUAGCUGUAGUAUCUUCCAUUUAUUUGUUGUUCGAAAUGAACAGUAGAAUUGGAACCAGAUUUCUAUUUUUAUAUUGAUUUUGUGUUAUUUUUGUAUUGUACAUAAACAAAUGAAAUACGGACAUCAACCCACCCUAACUCUAGCAUAGUGAAAUUUUAAAUAUUGUAUGUAUAAAUUGAAUGCAACAAGAAAUCAUAAAAUGCACUUUAUAAAUCAUGCUUUUAUUGUAUUGUAAAGAUACAAAAAUAUAAACUUAGAUUUAGUAAUUAGAAAAUAAGAAUGAAAUGAAUUUUAGUCUUAAAGUCUUCCAUGCAUCAUUAUAACAAUAUUAAUUAAUUGUAUUAACAAAUACUUUGGAUAUGGUAGUUAGUAU